ACCAGCCUUUCGCUUCUAAAGCGCCCAGUGCUCGCCUCCCGCUGCCGCACUUUCACUCUCGGUCCACCUCGGUGUCCUCCUGCUGUCCAGCCUUGCAGCCUCCAGCGCGCCCUCCCGCCCACGCCAUGGAUACCAAGGUCGUCGCCGUGCUGGCCCUGGUGCUGGCCGCGCUCUGCAUCAGUGACGGGAAGCCCGUCAGCCUGAGCUACAGAUGCCCGUGCCGAUUCUUCGAGAGCCAUGUCUCCAGAUCCAACGUCAAACAUCUGAAAAUCCUCAACACUCCAAACUGUGCCCUUCAGAUUGUUGCAAGACUGAAGAGCAACAACAGACAAGUGUGCAUUGACCCGAAAUUAAAGUGGAUUCAAGAGUACCUGGAGAAAGCUUUAAACAAGGGGCGCAGAGAAGAAAAAGUGGGGAAAAAAGAAAAGAUAGGAAAAAAGAAGCGACAGAAGAAGAGAAAGGCUGCUCAGAAAAAGAGAAACUAGUUACCUGCUUCCUGCAGAUGGACCACUGUGCGUUCUGCCCUGGCGCUUUGUAACUCGCCCUUCCCUCUUCGGGGACAGACCCCACACCCUGGGCAGGUGCUCACACUUGAUGGUAAAUUCUUCCCUCUCCCAGGGCAGACCCUCACACCUUGGGCAGAUGCUCAGACUUGUCUGCCCUGGUGGCCACACCAGCUGCUGUAUUUAUGUGCUUCUUAAGGCCUUGCUCCGUCUGCUAAGCUAUGAAAAAAAAAACAUAGAUGUCCAGAGACUGGGGUGGAAGCUAAGCCACAGAGGACCUGCCAAGCCUGGCAGCAUUGCCCCGAGCUGAGCCCCUGGCCAGGAGUUCCCAAGGCUCACACCCAAGGCCAGGAUGGUCUGCUUAGCCAGGAAAGGGCAUAAUGGCUUCCCCUCAGCCACACUACCCCUUGUGGCCUUCUCAGGACAUGAGGUGACUUGCUCCCCUGACUGUGUGAGCAGCUUUGCCGCCAGCCCAGAAGGGUAUCUACAGACUGUUGAGUGAGCAGGAGGAAUGAUAACGUCUCAGAAAACAGAUGUGAGCUGCUUCUCAGGGAGUCUUUGGACAACUCACUUUAGAAUCUUUAAACGGGUCCCUUGUGGGGAGGACAGAUGUGCUCUGGAACUUACUGAAGGGCCAGCAGCUUCAGGGACUUUUUAGUCUGUCCUUUUGGUCCCAACAUCCCUCGGAUGCUGUGCUAUCUGGGCACAGCUGCCUCAGUCCUAACUCUUGAGAUGUCUGCCUUCAGUGAAUCGGGUUAAAGUUCUAGAAUAUUCUACUAUCCCACCCCACCCUCACCUGGGAAUCUAUGUCUUUAUGUUUUUGUGUUUUUUGGUGCCAGUUUGGAUUGGAAGGCUAGGGUGAAAAGCUCUGAUUUUAGCAGUGUUUUGAAAGAGGAUUAUUUGAAUUUCUUGACCCUCCUCUUCACCUCGUGUAAACACACACAUCUUGGAUUCCAGACCUCUGGGUGUAAUUUUCAUAAUCAGGGCAGAAAACAGAAAUGAUCUGAAGAUGCAGCCAAUGGACGAGAGGAAGGAAGCCCAGGGGCCCGUGGGUCACACUCUCCUGGGUCCCUAAGUUCUGUGCCCCUAGAUGUGCUCCUUAUGGUUCUAGCAUUAGAGAUACAGCCCUUCAUGAUCCUUGCUGGCACCUAUCUUGCUAGGGAGCUUCAGGAAAGACCUGUGUUACCAGCUGUUACCCUUUAUCUGGACAGCUCAAGCCAGCCCAUAUCCCCUCCUCAGAGCUGAGGAGAGCAAGCUGGACUCUGAGUGAGCACCUCUUUAGGCCCAGGGUCACUGCCCAUCCUUCCUGUGGUAGCAACUGCAAUCUGGGCUCAGAGUGGCCUCAGCUGGGGUCUUCCUACUAUUACUAAAACACAUCUGAAGGACAGACCUGUGCCCAAGCCUCAGCUUUGCUUAGAAAGGGGAGCCUAGCCCCUCCAGGACCCUGGGGAGAACUGUUGCCCCUAGCAACCAAAGGCCAAACUGAGGCUGCCCUGAGGUGCAAGACCACUUUCAGAAAUGCCCAUAGAUUCUGCCUCCUACAAUCCGUCUCUAAGUCCUAGAGAAGCAGGCUGCAGAGAUCAAGAGAGUAGACCGUCACUUAGGAACCAUAGCAAGCUCUACCUGUCCUUACGUGGCUCCCGGGAGCCCCUCUGUGCUUAAGUGGCUUAUGAUGCCCUUCUGAUGGGCAACUGCAGCCUGAUGGACAGAGUCACCAUGGAAAUGCCCAAGAAGCUGAUUGCAUCUUGUGAGAGGCUGACAUAGGAUGUGCUCCUGUCGGUUCAUAGGCAGGUGAGGGGUGGUCCUUACACUGUCCUGCACAGAUGUCUUCUGGGAGGACAUGCAGCCCCAGAGGCCACCUCCUGAGUGCCAAGACCUCUUCUUCUGGUGAUGUGGCACCAGCCGAGAGAUUUGAAAGAAAAAUGAGUUUUUGAUGGAAGCUGUGGGAGGUACCUCUUGGAGUUCUGAGGCCUGGGGAUGCCUGGGGACACAGCGCCCGCUGUUGCUGGCGUAGAUACAUAGCCUCAACAUCAGAGUCCUGAGUUUAAGGUAGAGUGCCUUGUCAUGUGCUCCGUGUACCAUGCCUCCCAUGCCAGUGUGUGUGUGCCUCACCCUGCGCUUUACCUGUUCAUCUGUCUUCUGCUUACCACCGUCAUCCAGACCCCGAGCAUCAGCCCUGGCCGUGUCCUUCCCUGCUUUCCCACUCUCUCCGGCCUCGGAAGGAAGACACAUGGCAGCAAGCUGAAAUCAGGAGUAGGGCCUGUGGCUCCUGCCAGGCAACGCAGCAUCCCAGGCACGCAGCAUCCCAGGCACGUGGUGGUGAGAAUCUGCCUUAAUGGUGUCUCCUUUGUUCUUGUCAACAGGAGGCUCAAGAUGUGAGAGGCGUGGGUCAGAUGCCUGAGGAGCUUACAGAAGGAGCCUAGGUCUGAAGUCAGUGUUAGGGAAGGGCCCACAGCCACUUCCUCUGCUCCUGAGCAGGGCUGAAGCCAUUUCCAAGGGACUUGCUUUGCACAAUUUGCUGUAUUUUCACUAUUUGAUUAUGUAGCAAGAUACAUGGUGUUUAUUUCAUUUAGUCUGAUUAUCCAGUGUCAUUGGUGACAGGCCAAAGCCACUAUAUUAUUUCCUUUGUUAUCAUAUCUUUGCCAUGGAGGACCUUCUCUGGAUAAGGGCUUCCCAGGUUUGUCUCUUGGAGCUGAGACAGGAGGAGCACCCUUUUUCUUAAUGGGAACUGGGUGCCCCCACCCCAAAGACUGCAGGGCUUUCCCAAGCUGAGGCAGGAGUGUGAGGCCAGGAAGAGUGAGAUCCGCCCUCAUCCCAUGCUCUCCUUCAUCCCAUCAUGCUCAUCACUCUCCCUCAUCCAUCACCAUGUGUCUCCAAGACUGUCUCCGUGACCCCGAAAAAGGACUCUUGCAAGGUGAACUCUUUUAUUCAAACGGGACAGCAAGAAAGAAAGGAGAAUGUCUGGUGUUCUCCGAAAACCCUGUGCACAUGUAUGUCUUGUUUGGAAUCUUGUCUGUUCAGCUCCCUGCUUUUGUUCAAAGUCCAUGUUGUCACCCAUGACCAAUGUCUCGUUCGUGCACUGUCUCUAAUCCAAAUGCAAAGGCUGAGUAAGAGGAGCUGGCCCUGAGGUCCAGGCUGUGGUUGGUCAUGGAGGUAAACAGCCUUGGUUUCCUCGCUGCUCGCAGCGUUGAGUUGGACACACGAAGCCAAACAAAGCAAGGUGAUGUAGCACCAGCACUUAGCUCUGAGGACUGUUGAGCCUCAUGUUUUCAUAACUAGUCACCUUAAAACUGUGGUGGCAUCAAACGCAACAUUGUAUUGAGGAAUAACAGUGCUUGAUUAUUUUCCAUUAUUUUUUAAAGUCAAUGAAUCAAAGAUUCAACCCUAGAUCGGUCUUCCUCACCACUGUCAGUGCUGCCAUCCCUGUCCUGGUAGCCGCCGGGCACCUUUGCUGUCACAGAUAACACUGUGCCCCUUGCCUUGGGACAGCCUACCAGGUGUUGGUGCUGGUGCUGCGGCCUGAGUGUGGCUCUGGAAGUGUUUUGUCCUCUGCAGUUUUUCUGCAGUCAACCUCAUUCAAGCAUAGUUCCUCGGAUGAAACAGAUGUGGGAAGAAGAGAAGGGGAAGGGAAGGGAGCUUCCUUGUCCAGUUGGAUGGACACCCAAGUAAGAUGGAGGAAGCAAAAGAAUUAUCAAAAACAGGUGUUUGAGAGUAAAUAAUCUGUACAAUUGUUACGUUAGCAAUGUCAGGGGAAGGGGAGCAUUUCUAUAAAUAGUCCUUUAAAUUGACUUCACAGAAGAAGGAACAUCCAUCCAGCAAGAUUUUGAUCAAACUGGAACAAAAACUAAAAUGCUUAAGCCAGUUAGAAUGUGGGGCAUGCGGCUAAGUGCAGCGAUGGACCCUCAGAGGGGUACGGAAUUGUUCUGAGCCCCCUUGAAAUGACCAUACCGUGCCCCUGGACCAGAUACCACACAACUACAAUGUUAGGGCAGCAGCCACUUUGCAUCUAACCCAGGGUUUUGAGGAUGCUGCUUGGGAGCAAGCACAACCCUUCAUCUUCACUAUAGUUGUUGAUCCUUUCUAAAAGAUGAGGGUGUGUGUCGGUUCUUCUGCUUUGUCAGUUUCUGACUGGAGACAGCCAGCCUAAAGCAAAUAUGCAUUUAAAUAGAACAUUUACAUUGGAAAAGUCCCCCUCCACCUUAAUCCUCCCAGCCCUUUGCUUUCAAAAUACAAGCCCAGCACGUCAGCGAUCUGCUGUUGACUGGGGACACCUAGCUGUCCCUGCUGGAACUCACGUCCUCCACGUCCCAUCUUCCCUUGGGCACUAACCUGCCAGGCAGCCCGCUCCUCUAAUACCAGCCUUUGCAUUUGGAUAGGGAAUGGGGGUUGAAGCCGAGAUUUGUGCCUUGUGUUGUUUACCCUGUGCUGCUGCUGGCUCCCAAGGACAAAGGGUCUCUAACAAGAAAGAGGAGGCAGAAUCAUCUGGCUCUUUGUUCAGCUUUGAAAAAGGAUCACAAGAGCAAAAAUUGCCUUCCUCCUUGGGACCUGGCCUGGGAUGGUAGGCCUCGCCAGUGGGUUCUGUUUAUCUUCUCACGUGUGAUUUCCUCAUCCGCGGUGUCACCAGGAGCCUCCUCCCAGGGGCCAGUCACCCUCUCCAGGUAAUGCACAGAAGAUGAGAGCCAGGGAGCUGUUCCCUUACACAGCUUCCCUGGCCCGUCUUAAGGUAAAUAAUCUCACUCCUCAAAAUGUUCCAUAGAAACCUCCAAAGUCCCCAGGAGACUCCGGCCGUUGCCAAUUUCACAGAACCAGCCAGCCAAGUGAUUGCCAACCUGGAUGGGCUUGCAGCGCCCGGGCAGCGAUGGGUUCCAUGUCACAUGUAGUGAAUGCUGUGUUUUGUUUCAGCUGUGUCUCCCAGAUAAUGUGAAAAUGGCCCAGGAGAAGGCAGCUUCCUAUGUGCCUUUUUAUUCUCGUCUUUAAUAUAUGGCAGUUAUUUGAGAAGCCAUUUCUACUUGGAAGUCAUAUCAGUGAAAGUGCUGUACCUUCACCUAUAAUUUUCCUAAUAAAGAUCUGUAUUUA